AUGUUGUACGAACUUAUUGCAGUUGUCCGGCCCGGCAAGCUCGGCGAGGUCAAAGAAAUCGUGCGUACGGCUGGCUCCCUGAUCCUCAAGUCCGGCGGUACCAUCCGCGGUAUCAAGAACUGGGGUGUGUUCUCGCUGCCAAAACGAACACGAAAACAUCAAGCGCAGCACGACAACGGUCACUACUUUAUAAUGCGAUACGAUGCCUCAAGCCGGAUACAAGACGAUGUCAGGAAGACGUUGGGCCUGGAUCCGAGAAUGAUUAAGUUCAGUAGCGUGAAGAUGGGCGAUGGGACGUUAGAAAGUUUGAGUAAGAUUGGAGGAUCUAUUCCGUGGGAUACGAGGGAGGAGUUUUGA